ACCGCCAUUAUCCAAGAUAAGAAGAAUCACUGAAGAGCUUUACAGCUGAGUAAAGAACAAGAAUGUUUUCUUUGGAUCGGUUUAGCGAUGUCGUCAACGAGCGGCCAACUGCUGCAGCUGAGGAAAUAUGUGACGAUGCUACAAGAGCUGCCGCCAAGAACGAGGCAGAGAUGGACCGUCAGCGCAGAAUGAUGGAUAUCGUUUGGAAACCUCACAUCCUCUUACACAGGAUAGAUGUCCCACAGCAACAUGUGUGUAAGGAGGAGGAGGUUGAACAGCAGCUCUGUCACCAGGAGAGGAAGUCCAGUCUGGACCAGGAGGAGCCAGAGCCUUCACAGAUGAAAGAGGAGCAGGAGGAAGAGCAACUCAAACAGGAGGAGACUGACACGUCAGCUUUGAAUCAGCCCAUUCUUACUCACACAGACAUCCCACAGCAACAUGUGUGUAAGGAGGAGGAGAAUGAGCAGCAGAUCUGUCACCAGGAGAGGAAGUCCAGUCUGGACCAGGAGGAGCCAGAGCCUCCACAGAUGAAAGAGGAGCAGGAGGGAGAGUGGAUCAAAGAGGAGGAGACUGACACAUUGAUAAUGACUCCUACUCAGGAGGAAAGUGAGCACAGACAAGCAGAUGGACAACAUGAACACCAGCUCCUUUCUCACAACUCUCAUGUUGCUGGGAAUCAAGAUCCCAAAGAGAACAAGCAGAAAGACUCAGAAAUAACUGUAAAAUCAAAAGCCAGACAAAAGAGAGACAGAAAACACACAGGUGAGAGGCUGUAUUCAUGUGAGGUAUGUGGGAAAGGGUUUAAAUAUAAACACAGUUUGAAAGUCCACAUGACAAAAUACACAGGUGAGAAGCCUUACUCCUGCAGCACCUGUGGAAAAAGAUUCUGCCAGAAAUUAAUUUUGAAUCAGCACAUUCUUAGUCACACAGGUACAACGCCAUACACCUGUGGUACCUGUGGAAGAUCAUUCAACCAAAAACGAUAUUUAUAUAGCCACAUAAAAAUCCAUACAACUGAAAAACCACAUACCUGCACAAUUUGCAACAAAUCUUUCAGACUUAAAAGUCAUUUGACAGCCCACAUGAGAACACACACAGGUGAAAAGCCUUACUCCUGCAGCACCUGUGGAAAAAGAUUCAGCCAGAAAUUUAAUUUGAAUCAGCACAUUCUUAUUCACACAGGCCUAAAGCCGUACACCUGUGGCAUCUGUGGGAUAUCAUUUGCACAAAAGGGUUCCCUAGCAGUCCACAGUAGAAGACACACACCUGAGAAGCCUUACUCCUGCAGCACCUGUGGAAAAACAUUCAGUUGGAAAUCAAAUUUGAAUCAGCACACUUUUGCCCACACAGGUAUAAAGCCAUACACCUGUAGCACCUGUGAGAAAUCAUUCGCUCGGAAAUCUACUUUAGCCCAGCACUUAAAAAUCCAUACAGGUGAAAAACCACAUACCUGCACAGUGUGCAACAAAUCUUUCAGAUUUAAAGGUGAUUUGACAGUCCACAUGAGAACACACACAGUUGAGAAACCUUACUCCCACAGAACUUGUGGGAAAAGAUUCUUUCAGAAAUUAGACAUGAAUCACCACAUUCUUACUAUCACAGGUACAAAGCGGUACACCUGUGGUACCUGUGGAAGAUCAUUCACACUAAAAUGUAAUUUCCAAAAGCACUUAAAAAUCCAUACAGGUGAAAAACCACAUACCUGCACAAUGUGCAACAAAUCUUUCAGACAUAAAAGUCAUUUGACAGUCCACAUGAGAACACACACAGGUGAGAAGCCUUACUCCUGCAGCACCUGUGGAAGAAGAUUCUGUACGAAAUCACAUUUGAAUCUCCACAUGAGAACACACACAGGUACAAAACCGUACACCUGUGGUACCUGUGGGAGAUCAUUCAGACAUAAAAAUUCUUUGGACAGACACUUACAGAUCCAUACAGACAAUAAACUUCCUGAUCAUGUAGUAGGUCUCUCAGAAUUCUCUUUCUUAGUCUUAGAGGAGCCAAACUUGACACUCCUGAUUCAAGACAGAUCACAAGAGACAGUUUCACAGCCCAACAGUGGUGCUCUCUGAUUGGCCAAAGCUUCCUAUCUCUGGACAAACAACAAAACCAGAUGGGUCUUAAAUAACUUGUGUUCUCUCUGAAGGGCUCAAACUGUAUGGACUGGAAAUCCCUUAAAUACUGUAAACAUAAGUUUGUUCAACAGGACAUUUUCAUAUUCUUCUUAGGUAGAAGAAUUGGAACACAAUGAUAUGUUUCUGAUGUUUGUAACCCUCAAAUUAAAGAAGAACCCAAAGCCUUAGUCUUAGUCAGAGUCUUCCAUGGACCAACAGUGCCAUCUAAUGCCUGAUAUCAGUCACCACACGUCUCCAUGUGGCUGACCUCCUUUAUGUCCUUAUGUCCAAAUGCUUUCAGUUACAUUGUUCUUCAUGUUUCACUGUGAUGUGAUAUUCUAGAAUUUUACAAGCAUAUGGUAUUCCUACUUGCCUUAUUUUGAAUUAUUAAUUUGAUGGGUUUGAGAUGCAAUAUUUGAUUUUUCUUAUCCUCUCUUCUUGUUUUGCUGCUCGUGACUACAUUUGAUGCAAAAAUGCUGUGUGUUGUUUGGAUGAAAGUCUUUGCAGGAAACAGAUUUUAGGGGUUGAUACUUAUGCAUGGAGGUUGCCCCCACCCCCACCAAGAAAAAGGAAAAAAGACGAAAAACAAAAUAAAAUGACAAAAAAUUGACGAACAAAGAAUGGAAAAAAAUGAAAAAAUAAUUGAC